AUGGAGGGCGAGACGUUGGACCACCUCCAGGCGCGGCACCGCAAGGAGCUCAAGGAGCUGCAGGGUCGCAUCACCAGCAAGAAGAAGAACGCGACGAAGAAGACGCGCAAGGGCGUCAACGACGAGUGUGCCGAGAUGGAACGCCGGCUGCGCGAGAAGCAGGCGGCAGAAAUCGCCGCCGAAGUUGGCGAGACGACUGAGGGCGCCGAGGACCCGUUGGCCGACGAAGCCGACGCCGAGAGGGGUACCCAAAGGGCGGAAGAUGAGACGGCCGAGAGGCGGACGGAGAAGCUGUCCCUGCGCGACGGCAACGGUGCCGCUGACGCCAACCGCAACCUCGACGCCGGCGCCCCCUCCCCCCGCCAGCCGCCGGUCAAGAGAAAUCGGCAAAAGGAGCGGCUCGCGCGCCGGGCGGCCGAGCAGGAGGCGGCGGCCGAGCGUGCCGAGCAGGAGGCCUCGUCCAUGACGGAUCACCGCGCCCGCGAGGGCGAGUUCAUGAAGAGCACCUUUGCCGCCUACAGCCUCGUCGAGGAGGAGGUGGCGCCCGACGGACACUGCCUCUUCGCCGCCGUCGCCGACCAGCUGGGCCGGAACGACAUACCCCUCCUCGACGGCCCCGCCUCCCUCUCGGCCGGGGAGCCGGCCUACAGGCUCGUCCGGAGGGCCGCCGCCGCCUACAUGGAGGAGCACGCCGACGACUUUGCCCCCUUCCUCGACGAGGACCUCGCCGCCUACGUCGCCAAGAUGCGGGACACGGCCGAGUGGGGUGGCCAGCUCGAGCUCACGGCGCUCGCGAGACGCUACGGCGCCGAGAUUCGCGUCGUCCAGGACGGCCGCCUCGAGACCAUCGGCGACGAGGGCGCGCCGCCGCCAAGGAAGACGCUGUGGUUGGCCUACUACAGACACGGCUACGGCCUCGGGGAGCACUACAACUCGUUGCGCCCGACGGCCGCGACGACGGCGGGGAAGACUCCGGAGAAGACGGUGGGCAAGACGGUGGGCGAGACGGUGGGCAAGACAGUAGUAGGGUAA